GAAUUGCAGUCUCGUCGUUCUAACCGUAAACGUAGGCUGUGGAUGUGGCAGCAAAGUGCCGACAGUCGAUUACGUGUCUUUGCUCCAGAAGUUUAACCAAGUGUACUUAGGCUAGGUUUCUUGAUUUGAUCUCUGUGAGGUUUCGGUGCCAUGUUUGCCAGACUGCACUUGUGCUCUCACUUGCCACCCAGAAUUCGGCAAGUGAAAGUCAAUCCUGCCUCUCUCAGAGCAUUUUCUCAAGCCAAGUUCUCGCACCCUCGCUCCCAUGGCAAGUCUUUUGCCCAUCGCAGUGAGUUGAAGCAAGCCAAACGCAUUGUGGUCAAACUAGGGAGUGCUGUGGUGACGCGAGGAGAUGAGUGCGGCCUGGCAUUGGGACGGCUGGCCUCCAUUGUUGAGCAGGUGGCCAUGCUGCAGAAUCAAGGGAGGGAGAUGAUGAUUGUCACUAGUGGUGCUGUGGCAUUUGGGAAGCAGAGAUUAAGACAUGAAAUCCUGCUCUCUCAAAGUGUCAGACAAGCUUUACAUUCAGGCCAGAACCAGCUGAAGGAAAUGGCAAUUCCAGUUUUGGAGGCAAGAGCUUGUGCAGCUGCUGGACAGAGCGGUCUUAUGGCGUUGUAUGAAGCCAUGUUUACUCAGUAUAGCAUCUGCACCGCACAAAUUUUAGUCACAAACUUGGAUUUUCAUGACGAACAGAAGCGGCGCAACCUAAACAGCACUCUUCUUGAACUUCUGCGGAUGAAUAUUGUCCCCAUCAUUAACACCAAUGAUGCUGUCGUUCCCCCUCCGGUUCCCAGCAGUGACCUACAGGGAGUAAAUGUAAUAAGCAUCAAAGAUAAUGACAGCUUAGCUGCCCGUCUGGCUGUUGAAAUGAAAGUGGACCUCUUGAUUGCCCUCUCGGAUGUUCAAGGCCUAUAUGACAGUCCACCUGGGACAGAUGAUGCUAAACUCAUUGAUAUCUUCUAUCCUGGAGACCAACAAUCAGUCACUUAUGGAACCAAAUCUAGAGUUGGCAUUGGUGGCAUGGAAGCCAAGGUCAAAGCAGCCUUGUGGGCACUACAAGGUGGGUCAUCUGUGGUCAUUGCCAACGGCACGGACCCCAAAGUCACAGGCCAUGUCAUCACUGACAUUGUGGAGGGGAAGAAAGUCGGCACCUUCUUCUCUGAAGUAAAACCAGCAGGUCCCACUGUGGAGCAACAGACCGAGAUGGCUCGUCAUGCUGGAAGAACUUUGGCUUCACUGCUGCCGGAGCAGAGAGGAGAAAUCAUCUGCAGUCUUGCCGAGUUGCUUACAGAGAAGAAGGAUGAGAUUCUCAGUGCUAACAAGAGAGACAUGGAGAUGGCAACAUCGUCAGGCCGUUUCUCCCAGGCUCUGAUCGACCGGUUGAGUCUGUCAACAGCUAAACUUAACAGCCUCGCCAUCGGCCUGCGUCAACUGGCCAUCUCAUCAAGGAAUAGUGUGGGGCGGGUGCUGCGGAGGACCAGGAUUGCAAACAACUUGGAGUUGGAGCAGAUUACUGUCCCCAUUGGUGUCCUGCUGGUUAUCUUUGAGUCACGUCCUGACUGUCUCCCACAAGUUUCAGCUUUGGCUAUUGCAAGUGGAAAUGCUUUGCUGCUGAAGGGAGGCAAGGAAGCUUCCAACACCAACAGAAUUCUGCAUCAGCUCACGCAAGAAGCACUUUCCAUUCAUGGAGUGGCAGAUGCUAUUCAACUGGUUAGCACACGAGAAGAAGUUGAAGAUUUAUGCAGACUGAAUAAGAUCAUUGACCUGAUCAUUCCGAGAGGUUCGUCCCAAUUGGUACGAGACAUCCAGAGAGCAGCAAAGGGUAUUCCUGUACUUGGCCACAGCGAAGGUGUCUGUCAUGUCUACAUUGACAGUGAAGCAAGCAUUGAUAAAGCUGUUGACAUUGUCCGAGACUCUAAAUGUGACUACCCUGCGGCCUGCAACGCCAUGGAAACCCUCCUCAUCCAUAGAGACUUGUUGCGAACUCCAAUAUUUGACCAGAUCAUCGAUAUGCUCAGGACAGAACAUGUAAAGAUACACGCUGGUCCCCGGUUUGCAUCAUUUUUAACGUUCAGCCCAUCUGAGGUGAAGUCCCUGCGGACGGAGUACGGGGAUCUAGAGUGCUGUAUCGAAGUGGUGGACAGUAUGCAGGAUGCUGUGGAGCAUAUUCAUAAAUACGGCAGCUCCCACACCGAUGUCAUUGUGACAGAAAAUGAAGAAACAGCUGAACAGUUCCUACAACAAGUGGAUAGUGCAUGCGUAUUUUUCAACUCAAGCUCUCGCUUUGCUGAUGGCUACCGCUUUGGUCUAGGUGCUGAGGUGGGGAUUAGCACAGCACGCAUCCAUGCCAGAGGUCCAGUGGGUUUAGAGGGGCUACUGACCACCAAAUGGGUCCUUCGAGGAGAAGGACAUUCUGUGGCCGACUUCUCUGAGCAAGGAAGUAUGAAAUACCUUCAUGAAAACCUCCCUGUUCCCCAGGGGAGCUUCAACUAGGCUCCUGCCCAAACUCAUAUCAAUGACUCAAGAUGUCAGCCGGAUCCUAAGGUUUGUGUCUGAAAGUAGCACUGAGCUGCUAUCGCUUCAUUUCUUGUAAAAAGAAAAUUCAAGUGUUAACAGAACAAAGGCUACUUAUAUCAAAUUAUGGUUUUUGAAAACUUGCACAUAUUGUGACUGUUUAUAUUUCAAAUAAAUUAUAACCAAACAUGCAGGAUACACCCGGCAAUUUAUAUUUUUUCACAGUGAUGAAAAGGUAAUCACUGACACAGUGGGGAUUUUUAACUUAUUUUUCUACAAACUAUAUCAUUGCUUUUUGGAAUUUACUGUAAGGGAUUUUGCAGUUCUGCAUUGCAGAUUUGUUUAGCGGACGAUCCUCCUGUUCGCGAUUAUUUGAAUUAAUACCCACUAUGAUAAUGUGA